CACAGUUGCAUCCACUUUCCCACCCCUUCACAGCCUCAUCUUGUCAGCUUACCUGCUUCUUAUCUGUUCACCUGACUGCACAGUUCUAUCAAGUCAUCUGACCAAGUUAUAUAAGUGAAGCUAUCCUAUAACCAGUUCAUUGACUAAUCAACUGUUUAUUAGUUUGUUCUUGCUUAUGACCACUACAGCCUUCUCUGGUCAGCUGACCUACUGUUUAUCUGCUUCACUUGUCUUAUCUACUUGUCACCUGACUGCAUAGUUGUGUCUAGUCAUCUGUCUUGGUUAUGUGAGUGAUGUCAUUAACUAUGCAGUUGCUUAACUGAUCAACUGUUCAUCAGUUCAUCAUCAAUAUCAUCACCAUGAGCCCAAGAAGCCAGUGCUCUCUGCUCUCUCUCUCUGGCUCUGCUUUUUCUGCUUCUGCUUGUCUUGUCUCUCUCUGGCUCUUCUCUGCUGCUCUCUUGCUUUCUCUACACUCCAGUCUCAUCAAACAACUCCUUUAGCUGGACCCAAUCCCAAUGGGUCUUGGAACUACAGAGGCUUGAUUGCCAAAUGACUGGGUGAAAACUCAGAAGACGGGAUUGACCUUGCUUGAAUCUCAC